AUGCCUUCGGACAAGACCUCUCCUCUUGCGCACCCUUCUAAGCCUGGGAAGGAGAAGACCGCCCUGCCUGGGUCCCUGAAGGCAGGCAGCCCCGAUUCUGAGGGCCACACGGAGCAGUCUAAACCCACGAUGACGAGAGGCUCUGGCAGGAGGCCUCGCCCUCCUGCGAGCGAAGGGGAGAAGGACUCUGGAUUUUCAGGUACAGACCCUCCCAGUGGUUGCCCCCUUGCUGUCAGGCUGAGAGCCGGACCGUGGGGCUGCAGUGUGAGCAGAAAAGGAGGUCCCUUUCCCCACUCGGAUUCGAGAGGCCUCCUUGUCUAGCUCCUUGCAGCCCGGAGGCAGAGAGACCGGCUACUCAAGCAUGGCAGCAUCUUCCUUGGCCAACAUUUUUUAUUUAUUUUAUCUAUAAUUUUUUUUUACACCGCUUGAGAGUGUAAAUACAGGGUUGUAAAGAGUGCAGAGAGAAUAAUUGGGUGCACUCUUCCCACCUUAGAUCAAAUCUAUGCUGUAAGGUGCAGAGAUAGCGCAGGAUAGUACAGUGGUGCCCCGCAAGACGAAUGCUUCGCAAGACGAAAAGCUCGCUAGACGAAAGAGUUUUCCGUUUUUUGAGUCGUUCCGCAAGACGAAUUUCCCUAUGGGCUUGCUUCGCAAGACGAAACGUCUUGCGAGUUCUUGCGAGUUUGUUUCCUUUUUCUUAAAGCCGCUAAGCCGUUAAUAGCCGCUAAGCCGUUAAUAGCCGCGCUUCACAAGACGAAAAAACCGCAAGACGAAGAGACUCGCGGAACGGAUUAAUUUCGUCUUGCGAGGCAUGCACUGUAUGCACCCCGGAAAUGAUCUCUUUCAGUUUCUGCCUUCUGGAAGAAGGUAUAGGGUUAUAAAGACCAGGACUAGCCGCCUGAGAAACAGUUUCUACGCAAAUGCAAUUCUGGUUCUAAAUCCAGCAUAAGGAGUCUCUAUAGUAUAUUGUGCCUGGCGUGCUCUGGUCCAUUGGGUCACAAAGAGUCGGACACGACUAAACGACUAAACAACAACAACAACAACAACAACAACAAUAGUAUAUUGUAUUUUAAAAUGGGGUUUCAGAGUUUUUAGGGGUUUUUGAAUGUUUUAUGUAGAUUUCCAGUUUCAUUGUUCUGUAUGGGACAUUGACAAUAAAAAUAUCGUAUAUCGUACAAACAAACCUUAAAGCGGUUUACAAGAAAAGAUAAAGCAGUAUACUUGUCACCAAGAAAAAGAAACGGCAACAACAAUUUAUAACUUUUCAAAAAGUUAAAAUAACGGUAAAAACAGAUUGGAACUCUCAUCUAGUUAGGCUUGCCCAGGUGAGAAGGUUUUUAGCAGGUACCAAAAAGAGCACCGUGAAGGCACCUGCCUGAUUUCAUGAGGCAGGGAGUUCCAAAGCUACAUUUGUAUGUGGCUCCCACCAGCACGUCUCAGCCUGAGCACGUGCAGAAAGAGGGCGGCCAGAGACAGGCCCCGGAAUGAAUGUCACCCUGGAAAUAGGGUUUGGUUAUGCGAUGGCCUGCUUCUAAGGAGAGGAAGCUGGAUAAUUUGAGAGGGGAUUGUUAGUUCAUGUUAACAUCCGCUGAUACUUACUUGAGAAGGGGGCGAAGGAUUUCCUUGUCAUCCUGCAACACCGACCUGAGAAGGUGCCACUGUCGAGAAAAAGAGAGAGCAAGCGACUUCAGAGAUUGAUUUCAAAGUCGUGACACCAAGCACCAUGAGCUGCAAUUAUGGGUUCUAUUCAUGGGUCUCCUGUGUUGCACCCUUUCCAAAGCUUUUUUUGUCAGACCAACGUUUUGCAUAAACCACACAAGUGCAGCUACAACUGGUUGAAGUUUUUUUUUUUUUUUAAAUACACAUCUUGUGGGUCAACUAGGUUAUUGAGCAGGUUCACCCUGCAAAUCACAGGUUUCCUUGCGCAGCUUGGUGCAUUGCUAAGAAGAGCGGUUCUUUCCAGUCUCAGAGGUUGGUGUAACAAUAUUUGAAGGGAUAACCUCUGCUCACAAGAGAGUUUCAUACUUAAGACGCUCCUAGAUUGGCAGUCUCCUUAAGUCAGAGCAAUCCCACCUGGGUAAAUGGAGAUGAGGAUGUGAACUGUCAAAGUCUUAUAUUUGGCAUUCCGGUCUGUCGACUCCCUUUACAGUGGUACUUUGGGUUAAGUACUUAAUUCGUUCCAGAGGUCCGUUCUUAACCUGAAACUGCUCUUAACCUGAAGCACCACUUUAGCUAAUGGGGCCUCCUGCUGCUGCCAUGCCGCCGGAGCACGAUUUCUGUUCUCAUUCUGAAGCAAAGUUCUUAACCUGAAGCACUAUUUCUGGGUUAGCGGAGUCUGUAACCUGAAGUGCAUGUAACCUGAAGCGUAUGUAACCUGAGGUACCACUGUAUAAUGUAGCACUGGAUUUUAUUUUAUUUAUUUCUUACAUUUACAUCGCAUCUUCCCCACCGAGGAGCCCAAGGUGGUGCACAUGGUUCCCCAUUCAGCCCCCACAACAACCACCCUGCGAGGUGGUUUAGGCUAAGAGGCAGUGACUGGCCCAAGGCUUCAUGGCUGAGUGGGGAUUCGAACCCUGGUCUCUCAAGUCCUAGUCCGGCACUCUAACCACUGCACCACACUGGUUCUCAGAUACGUUUCUUUUUCUUUCUUUCUUUUUAAAAUAAUAUUUAUUAAAGUUUCAAAGGAAAAAAAAAGAUCACAUUAGGUAAAAAAAAAACAAAAACCACUGAAAAGGAAAAAUACAAAGUAGAAAAAAAGAAAAAACAGUUAAAAACAAUUCCAUCUUUUCCUCACUUCUUUUACGUUUACUUGUUUCCCGGACCUCCUCAUACCUCCCUCUUUUGUAUUCCAAUUAAAUUUGUUAAUCCAACAAUUCCUUUCCCUCCUUUUUAAUCCUAAUCUUUAAUCUUGAUAUAUUAUAACUUUAAAUUUUUACAUAUUAAAAACCAAUUUUUCCAUAUUCUUUUAUACCUGUACAGCUAGAAACCACUUAACUUCAAUCCAACAUCAUUCUAACAUUCAUUAAUUUUGCAAUAUUUCUGUAAAUAGUCUUUAAAUUUCUUCCAAUCUUCUUCCACCGACUCUUCUCCCUGGUCACGGAUUCUGCCAGUCAUUUCCGCCAAUUCCAUGUAGUCCAUCAUUUUCAUCUGCCAUUCCUCCAGUGUGGGUAGAUCUUGUGUCUUCCAAUGCUUUGCAAUGAGUAUUCUUGCUGCUGUUGUAGCAUGGUUCUCAGAUACGUUUCUGCCUGGUUUAGCUUGGAGGAGAGGCACCCGUCUAAUCUCUGGCAAAGCCGUCCUCCGUUCUCCCUCCUUGGGGGUUAACGCAGGUGCUUCAUCAGGCAGGGGUCAGGGGCUCCUGGGUGAGGGAAUGAGGAAGGGCUGCUGGCUGCUGCUGAGGGUUUACUGAUUGUCCUGCUUUUCCCUUCCUGACUGCCUUAACCCCUCCUCUCCCCCAUCCCUCUUUGGCAGACGAGAGCUCGGAGCACCUAAGCGCCGUGGAGCAGACAGACGCAGAGGACCAGCCUGCCUACCCAUUGCGCCAGGGGGGCACGUUGCAGCAGGCGGCGCAGAAAGGGCACGGGGGGCUUGCGGGCGGCGCCUUCCCUGGCCUCACCCCUGUUUACAUCGUCAAAAACAUUAUCCUCAAACAGGUAGCCCCUUUUCGCUCCCAGGCGCGGCCCACUCAUCACCGUGGUCCGCUUUGCAAAGUACAGGAGGGAAGGUCCCUGCCCCGAGGGGUGUGCAAGUCACGGGAGCCCCCAGUGGAUUACGGGGAGGGACGGAGUUUCAUCCACCCGGUGGCCUUUUUUUCUGACUUUUUGUUCUCUGCUCUUCCUCCUCGCAGCCCCACGCAGCGUCCCCCGCCACCCAGCUCUUGGCCUGGAAUGGCCAGCACCCUCUCAGCAGCACCCAGGGCCCUCCCACCCAUGUUCUCUUGAUCCAGCCGCCGUCGGGACCCUUGAAGCCGCUGCUUCCCGGCCAGAAGUCUCCCACCAAGGACGCUGCCUACCUCCCCAUCCUCAGCACCUACCCCAAAAUCGCUCCUCACCCGGGCUGUGACCCACAGGCCAAGGUCCUGGGAGGGUCCACCCCGGCAGGAGGGGCCAGUAAGAACAAACGCUUCUGCCUAGAGGAGGCCUGGGUAUCGUCUUCCGAAGCUGCCGCCCCGAAAGGCAGCAGGGAGAAGCAGCGCAAGGAAACGCCCGCCGCUUCCUCCGGACAGCUCCUCGGCCCAGAGGUGCUUUCCCAGAACACGGUGUCCUCCUCCACGGGACUGGACUCGGCUGAGGGCAGGAUGAUCUCCAGAGCCUCCAAAAAGCUGGGCUGCAGCAGCUCGGGGAAGCAGCGCCGCUUCCACAACACAGUGGAGGUCCUGCGGAAGUCAGGCUUGCUGGGCAUCACGUUGAGGACCAAGGAGCUGAUCCGGCAGAACAACAGCACCCAGUGGGAGCUGGCCGAGCUGCGAGAGCAUGCCCAGCUCCUGUGCGAGGCCGUCCAGAGCAAUGACGUCCGCGCCUGGGCCCGCCUCCAGGAGGCCAUGGACCGCUCUGCCAGCUACUGGGCCAAAAAGGGGGCCAGAUCCUCUUACGCACACACGUGGCAGCGGAGGCCGGCGGCCGAGCCCACAGGCCCCACCACGGAGACCGCCGGGGAGCCGCUGCCCAGCUCGCCCAUGAGCCUGUCGCCCACGCCGGACACUUCAGAGCACGUGGCGCUGCCUUAG